UUUUAACGCCUGUCUAGUGACAUCCCUGAGUACGAACCUGCUUCUCCACGUUUUCUAUACAUACACCUGCUCGUCCCUACCUCGAGCAAUUCUCCAAACACUGGCUAGGUCUCCCGACCCUUGUUCGUGUCGGUCGGUUCUUAACAUGUGAGUGGUAAACACACUUGGAGCCACUUAGCUGAGCCGAUCUAUGAAGCUCAAGACAAGACAUGCUGUCACUCCCCAACAUACCCGUGGAGGUCUGGAGACAUAUUUUUGUCCAGAUCAUCAGAAUACCCGGCCUUCUUCUGACUGACCGAACAGACCCCUUCUCGCCGGUUAGGGAGGCCGAUCUCUUCUGUGACCGAGACCUUCGGACACGAGUAGCAAUGUUACUGGUCUGUAAAGGCUGGCACGGCAUGAUAUCUGAGUUGAUCCACGAACAUGUCCAUCUGACUUCGGUAUGCCAAGUCGACAUCAUGGCAUCUCGCUUCGAACGGAGCAAGUUGUAUGACGGUCGACGCCACCUUGGCACCCACACUCGCCGUAUAGACAUUAGCAUUCACAAUCCUACCCCAAAAGUCAUGACCAAUUUGGCUCGGAUCUUGAGGUGUACUCCAAACCUCGAGAUAUUCACCAAUAGCAAUUCCUACACGACGUUAUCUGUAGGUUCUCAGUACAUAUCCCCUCCAUUCUGCACCUCCAGCGACGUCAUACAAGCCAUCUUGAGUACCAGUGCAUCCUCACUUCGCCGUCUCGAGUGGACGUGCAACGAAUGUCCGUCGUGGGACGAUUUGAUGUUAUUGUUACGCGCGUUGCAUGGCCUUUGCAGUCUCACCCUUGCAAACAUUUAUGGCUCAUACCCCGAAAGAAUCAAGAGGGAGUAUCUCAUACUACCUAACCUUCGGACCCUUAUCCUAGGAGAUAGUCCCUCAUUUUCACAUGCAUCACUUGGCAACGUGCCUCUCAAUACGCUCCUGACGAUGCUUUCCGACUCUUCGGACCAACUCCCCUGUCUACAAAGAUUGGAGGGUUUUUCACCCUUCAGUCCCACCUUCUUGAGCACUCAUGGUUACAAAAUUCGCAUCAUCCGUACCGUCGCGUACACUCCUCUAUUACCAGAUAUCAUCGCCAAGUGCACCAACCUCGAGACAUUCAUCACCAUAUUCCCCCACCAAUUCUUAGAUCAGCUGACACAUUCGUCGCUGAGACGCAUUGGAAUAUUUCCAAUCAGUGAAGACGUGGUUGGAGUCCCCGCGCAGAUAUUCAACGCGUACAUCAUGAAGCCGUUAGAAGAUCUUAUGUGUCAGAUCGAACAGUCCGAUCUGCCUAGCUUGGCUCACGUCCGUCUGAGGAACGUGGGCACGCUCGCUGGUGUCGUCAACUACCCUGUAUUUAUCCGGAAAUGGCAGGACCGCUGGAGAUCCAGGGACGUCCGGUUCGAUGACAAAGGCGGACAAUCGUUCGAUGCUGAUGCUCUAGACGCGGACGAGAGAUCGGCAAUUGAUUCAUAAGGGCACCGCUGAUACAUUUUGCACCUGACUCGUUCGUUUUCUUUUCGUCUCCUUGCGUACUCUUUUACAUAAAGCCGCGCGACUACCCUCAUUCCACAUUGACACUGGUUUUUUCUUCUUUUCGGCAUCAUCAGUCAUAUAUAUGUUAGUAGGGCCCGAGGUCUUCCACGGGCACCUUUCUCACCGCCCGGAGAAUAAUAUCGCCUAUUGCGUACGGUACUUAUCAUCCAGCAAUAUCACACAAGCUAACUGCCUCGCUACACUCCAAUUCCUAGUUAUAAUAUUUGUGAGUCCGUCCGCGGUCCCGAUGGUCGCCCUAGAUUAGCCUAUAAGAUACAUAUCAUGCGAAAAUAGUCCACGAGAAAGGAGUGUUGGUGCUUGGCCCAUGAUGGUUCAUAAGUUAGAUAGCCGUAUAGAUACUAG